AUGAACACGUCACAAUGUCAAGGGCCGCCGAAUUGUGGGAAUAUUAGUUCAAUUUCCGAAAUAAGCGAUGCCUCUAUCAAAGAUUCCGUGCCAAAUCGACAAAAAUACUCCAGUACUGGCUUUGGCGGAAUUACCGAGCCAGCUGGCUUUGGGUUAACUUAUCAAGGCAACGUAGGCGAUCCCUACGGAAGCAAUAUUAUCAGAGUCUCUGCAGAAAACUUCAGUGACUAUAAAUAUGUUGCUGAAUUCAAAACAGUUGGCUCUACAGAGUGGUCAGUGGUUAUCUGGAAUAAAAUUGGACCAGAAGGUCUUCUCGAUGGUUGGUACGGUCAUGCCUGCGAGAGUUUCACUUUGAAUGGUGGAAAGACCCAAUAUGUUGCUUUUGACGAGAAUUCUCAAGGAGCUUGGGCGGCUGCACCCGGGUAUACAAUACCUACUGACGACUUCAGAGGUUAUGCUUCAACAUGGGGUGAGUUCGAUUUUGGGUCGACCAUAAAUUCAGGAUGGUCAGGGUUCGAUGUUUCGGCCAUUGCGGCGCAGGCAGCCGAUGUGCAAAUCCAGGGUAUGAAGAUCUGCGAUACAGUCACGGAGUCUUGCUCUUCAAUUACCUCUGGUGGCACCAAGUUCAAUAAUGCAUACGCUGCCAAAGAUGCGAACCUCGGCGGAAUAGGUGGUAAUCUUCCAGCUGGCCCAGUAAGGCUUUCAGUAGUGCUUGGCUACGAGGGUGAUGACACCAUAAAAUGA